AUGGCCAUGGUAUUCUUCACCUCUUUCAAAACCCCUCUCUACUCCACGAACUGGACACCUUCCUCGCAAGGCCAAUACGCCGGUACUUGCAUUUUCCUCAUCGUCCUCGCCGUUCUGCUCCGCGUGCUCCUCGCCCUCCGGCCCAUUUUGGAAGGGCGCGUGUGGACCGAUAGUGUGCGGCACAGCAUGCUAGAUGAGAAUCUUCCGGAUGAGGCGAAGACGAAGCGUGUUUCGGGUUGGGAGUUGAGUAUGCAAGAGCUUGGUCGGAGAUGGUCGAGAUGGCGUGUGAAUCCUGCCGCGGGACGGGCGACGUAUGAAUUGGUUGUUGCAGGUAUUGCUUAUUUAUUGAUGCUGGGGGUGAUGACGAUGAAUGUGGGUUAUUUCAUGUCCGUACUUGGUGGGAUUUGGCUUGGAACUUUCAUUAUGGGAGGGGUCGCGUCGGAGAGCUCUAUGCUGCACUGUUGA